GGCCACUGCAGAUCCUUCACCUCCCUUGCACGUGGACGCGGUCAUGUGACGGCAAUGUUUAAAACUUAACUUUAAUGACAGUCGUUACUCGCCUUAAGUGUAAAAAGUCCUUGCUAAAGAGGGUUGUCGAGACGUUUUGUUAGGUCUUGUUUCACGUACUGACAACUAGUCUUCAUUAAAACAAUUCCAAACCACUAACUAUUUUUCUCGUUUUCUAUUCCACUUCUUCAACCUCAACACCGUCCCUACUAUGUCUUCAGGAUACGGAUACUUCUGUCCAUGUGGACAGCUGUGUCUUACGCUUCCGUGCACGGCUGAAACACUGCGGCAUCGGGAAUAUGACACAUUCUACGUGUUAGACCUCAAGAUGCCACAUGUAGAUCAUCUCACAAAAGAUGAACCUUUCUGUAUUGUUAGAAAGGACGGAGGAUACGAAUUACGCACUGCUUUACAAUGCCGUAGAUGUGGUUUAACGUGCGCUUACGCAUUGGAAAACGCACCAGGGUACAUAUACUUGAACCCUACCCUAUUAAAAGAAAAAACAGUCACACUGUAGUGUUGUAAUCGGCAACAAGAACCAAAACCUUGACCAGAGCCAACAAACAACUUCA